AGCGAAUGCGUGUGGUGCGCCGGUUCGGUGUGUAGACUUUACCUCAGCACGCCGUACCACGAGGGCGUGUACUUGUUUGCUGCGGCGGCUCCGCGAUCCGCGAAGGGCCCAGAGAAAAGCCAGCACCCCACUGGUCCCUAGUGGUUGUGUUCAUCAGAAUUAGAAGCCUGGGGAUCUGCCAGUGGUUAUCCACUCGGGUCGUGACACUCAUAGCUUUCAAGUUGACGCAGUCAUGGCUUGGUUUCUGCAGCUGACAACAAUCCUUCCUUGGUGGAAAUGGCCUACAUUCGUACUUUCCGUCUGCUACCUGUUGCUUCAACGAAAAGAGCUAUUUGAAAACAAUUUGCAUACUCGUUAUGAUACUGAGGAGAAGAUUCCCAUCUGCUCGUCGCACGCUCAAGCUAGCAGCAAUGGCGGGGAGUGCAUUGGCGAUCCUGCGCAUACACUGAGCCAGUCCUCCUCCGAAUCCCCAGAACUGAACUGCACGCCGACCGAUUCGUGGCCCGGAUCACGAGCCAGGACUCCGGAUGGAACGUGUAACGAUCUGAAGAAUCCGGAGGCGGGAGCGCGCUUCUAUCGCUUCCUACGCAAUGUGCCGCCGUCGGAGACCUUCACUGCGCCGCGCAAGUUCGACAUCUACGAUCCAAACCCGAGAACGGUGGCUCGCAAGCUGCUACAGCGAACUAAAUUCCAGCCUGCGCCCAUUCUGAAUAGCUUAGCAGUGGCGUGGAUACAGUUCAACGUGCACGAUUGGCUACAUCAUGGCGAGAACGAGGAAGACACACACCUUAUCGAGCUGGAAGCGGAUGAUCCCCUGCGGGAUGGAAGCAACGAUGGCAAAUUCCCAAUCCGGCGCACGAGGUUGGACCGGACUCGCAAGGGACCCCUUCCGGAUGGCGUGGAUACUUUCACCAACAACUGCACGCACUGGUGGGAUGCAUCAACACUCUAUGGUAGCACGCAAGGUGUCGAAGACCGUGUUCGGUCCUUCAAAGAUGGCAAACUUAAGCUGGACAGUGAUGGCAACUUACCAGUGGCGGACGAUGGCAUUGAGAUCACAGGCUUCAAUGACAACUGGUGGACGGGACUUAGCAUCAUGCACACAUUGUUUACACGGGAGCACAACGCUAUUUGUGACAUGCUGAAGGAGAACUACCCCACCAUGACUGACCAGCGACUGUUCGAGACUGCUCGUCUUAUCACCGCCGCCGUCAUUGCCAAGAUCCAUACAGUGGAAUGGACGACAGCCCUCCUCAGUCACACCGCACUCUUGUUUGGCAUGAAUGCUAACUGGGCAGGAGCGCUCGGUCCAAACAUCAAGAAGAUCUUUGGGCACACCGGUAGCUCUAUUCUAAAUGGCUACUUGGGGAUGCCAAAGGCCCAGAACAGUGACGUGCCCCAUGCUCUCAGCGAGGAGUUCACUGCCAUCUAUCGCAUGCACUCCUUGCUACGAGACGAAUAUGUUGUUCACCGUGUACAAGAUCAGGGCAAGCCGAGUGACAAAGCUAUCCCACUCGUCGAUUUGACAUUUGAAAGGCACUUGAAUGUACGUGGCAACUACAGCCAAGCGGACAUGCUACUAACGUUUGGCUCAUCGUACCUUGGAGCACUGACUCUGCACAACUAUCCCACCGUCCUCAUGGACCUCACCAAGCCAAACAAGAACCGCAUUGACCUGGCGACCAUCGACAUCUUGCGUGAUCGUGAGAGGCAAGUGCCUCGCUACAAUCACUAUCGGCGCACCAUGCACCUGGUGCCGAAGAAAGACAUCGAUGACUUGACACCAGAUCCGGAGACUCGCAAGUUGUUGAAGGAAGUCUAUGACAAUGACAUCGAGAAGGUUGACCUCUUGAUUGGCGGCCUUGCCGAGCCUUUCCCUGACAACUUUGCCUUCAGUGACACAAUCUUCCAGGCAUUCAUACCAAUGGCCAGCCGCCGACUUGCCACUGACAGAUUUUACACCGAAGACUUCACAGCUGAAUAUUACACACCUGAGGGCUUGGAGUGGGUUGAACGCUCUGACCUGCGGAAUGUCAUCCUGCGGCACCAUCCCGAGCUGAAGCCAGCGCUUGAUACCGUGCCCCGCGACAAUGCGUUUGCACCAUGGAGCUGGGCCGGGGCACCGGGCACGAGCUGCAAAGUCGACGAGGACUGCGACUCCGGUGACUGCGCUUGGACCAGCUGGACUGCCAUGACAUGUGCCUGAUUGGUGCUUACAUCAUCACGACAUCACCAUUGUGUCAUUGCAAAGUAGAGUUAGUCCGCUGUCAAUUAUAGUGUCCUUGUUCAGUUGAUGUAACAAACAGUUGCUGCGUAUUGAUGCAUGCACAUCUGCUACUUCAAAAAUAAGAAAUAGACGUGUUUAUCACAUGUCACAUGACUGUUUCCUUGGAUUGGGCCAAUCACUGAUCUGUAUGAGCAGGCAAUAAAUCAGUCCAACGCCUGCGUCCAAAGCCCGUCGUCUGUGACAACCCUGACAGUGACACUGGACGCAUGAAAUCUACAGGAUUUGAACAGGUGACUGUGUACAGUACAGUGUACGUGGACGCGUGUUCGAAAGUGGCGAUUUCAGCUUUUCUUUUACUUUCUUUCCGGCUUUCAAGUGUUGCUGCACACGAGGUCGACUUCCUCCUUUAGUUUUGAUUCUUUCAGGUUAGUGUAUUCAGCAAUGUUAGGCUGAAAGUGAUAAAUCCAUUAUGGCAUGGUUGGUCGGGCAAUAAUGGAUUUCCAGUGCCCUCCAAGUGAGCCCUCGGGCUCACUUGUCGGGCACUGAAAAUCCAUUAUUGCCCGACCAACCAUGCCAUAAUACAGAAUGCGCUUGCAAAGAACUAUCAUGAAUUGUGGUGUUUGGUUAGGCUCUCGAAAAAUCAAUGCUGAUGGGGUGCAGUCAUCGGAGAUUGCAGAUCUACCCUUGAAAUGUGCUGCUUCUAACCUAGCUAUAGAUUUGCUGUUGCUGAACUGCUGGUGCUAAUAUGCAUGUCCAUUGUUAGGUUUUGGCUGAACACUGCCAUUGACGAUUUUGAUUCUGGGCCACGUGUUGAUGCUUCCUGUGCCACCUUGGUAGUGCUCUCUGG